AGUGGCAUUCUAAUUCGUUAUUAGAUUAGCCAAUCUGCUUCUUUAUGAGUUAAGAGGCCUUCGACCAUCAAUCAUCAAUCCGCGUCGUCUCUCUCGAUCUCCACGCUGCUUAUCAAACCCUCUUGCUCCCAUUCGACAAUCUCCUACCGAUUCCCGCUCCAUCCCUAACCAUGUAGUUUCACACAAAAGGAGAUCGCAUCGAUGGUGUUUAGCUGUACAAAUAGCAAGUCUUUCUCCAUGGCCGCCCUCCGAUCGCUGCCCUCAAUCAUCGCCAUCGUUGGAGCUUCUGCCAUUUUUCUAAUCGUAGCUUCUUUGCUUCUCGUUUCCGGCCCCAUUACUUCCUCCGUCCAAGAAUACUUUUUGGGUGAAAAUCGCGGCUGGAAACCUGAAUCUCCCGCCUCGCUUAACAUCGUCUCCCAAGGGAAACCUCAACUGGAGGGCAAUGAAUCGGGCAGCGUCGAUGUCGGUACUUCAGGUGCUGUUUUGGAUUUGAGAAAAUUUGAUGAUGACCUUUCUUUUACUUUAGGUGCCAAUCAAAGUUCUUCAAAUACCCCUUUUGCAAAGGAAUUUGGUGGCAAUUCUAAUGAUCCAGAUGCCGAUUUAGUAACUUCGAAAAGCCCUGUGUUCCCCUCUGGUGAGCAUGUUAGGUGUGAUCUUUAUCAUGGGAAAUGGGUCCAUAAUCCUGAGGGACCUCUGUAUACAAACAAUAGCUGUCCUAUUAUCACACAGUUGCAAAAUUGCCAGGGAAAUGGAAGGCCUGACAAGGAUUAUGAGAACUGGAGAUGGAAGCCUGAUCAAUGUGAGUUGCCAAAGUUUGAUGCAAAAAAGUUCCUGGAGCUUAUGAGGGGUAAAACACUUGCGUUUGUGGGUGAUUCGGUUGCUAGGAAUCAGAUGGAGUCCUUGCUUUGCAUUCUUUGGCAGGUUGAAGUGCCUAAGAACCGUGGCAAUAGAAGGAUUCAUAGAUGGUACUUCAGAUCCACCUCGACAAUGAUUGUACGCAUAUGGUCCUCCUGGCUAGCUCAGAACACCCCCAGUGCAAUGGAAUUUGCUCCCAAGGGGGUUGUGAAGGUCCAUUUAGACAUACCAGAUGAGAAAAUGAUGGAAUUUCUCCCAGGCUUUGAUGUUGUUGUGCUUUCCUCUGGCCAUUGGUUUGCAAAACAGUCAGUUUACAUUCUUAACGAAACUAUUGUUGGAGGUCAGCUGUGGUCACCCCCUCCAAAUGCAGCAGUUGAUAUGAGGAUUAAUAAUGUUGAGGCAUUUGGUUUGUCGAUGGAGACAGCUCUUGGAGCCAUUGCAACUCAUCCCAAUUUUACUGGUCUAGCAAUUGUUCGAUCAUAUUCUCCAGAUCAUUAUGAGGGUGGGGCUUGGAAUACUGGUGGUUCGUGCACCGGAAAAGUUAACCCAGUUAGUGAAGUAGUGAACAAUGGAUUCACAGAAGUGAUGCAUGAAAAACAACUCACAGGAUUCCAGCGAGCAGUGGAGAAGACCGGGAACUCAUCCAAGCUUAUAUUUAUGGAUAUCACAGAUGUGUUUGGUUAUCGACCAGAUGGGCAUCCAGGGCCAUAUAGGAGCACAGACCCAAACAAGAAGACGAGGAGGGGACCAAAUGGGGAACCACCGCCACAGGAUUGCUUGCAUUGGUGCAUGCCAGGGCCGAUUGAUACAUGGAAUGAGUUAUUGUUGGAGAUUAUUAGGAGAAAUCUCAAGAUAUCAUGAGAAAAACUACCGAUUGUGUGAAAGGAAGCCAUUCUUGUUCUUGAUGAGAUAUAACAAAUGUAUCAUUUUACAUCACCUGCAGGAAUGCUUGUCCUGCUAUUUUGUGCAAAGGCCUUUGAAGUGAACUAGAUUAGAUAACACGGGAAGAUUUUAUUCUCAUUCUCCUGGAGAUGAGCAUGUUCUGAUCA